AUGCCGAAGGGACGUAAUGGCGGGACGUCGUCCUCAUCAGGGGCGAUCAAGGGAAUUACGAAGGCGUUCUCCUUCUGGCAAGACCGCGAAAUCCACUUCGGCGUGUCAGCGGCGGCGCUGAAGCUGCGCGAGAACACGGAGCACAUCUACGCUGCCUUCAAUCAUGUGGAAGAUAAGAAGGGUAACGAAGGGCACUCCGGUACGCUGCUGGUGACAAAUCUGCGGUUGAUUUGGUCGAGCGCGCGGCGGCAAGCUGUGAAUAUAAGCAUCGGCUACUACUGCGUGCAGAAGCUGACAGUGCAGGAGAUGGCAUCGAAGCUGGUCGGUGGCACGACGGAGUGCGUUACGCUCAGUGCUAAGUACGGCACUAGGCGCUUCCAAUUUAUUUUUCUGGAGGGCAACGGCGUUGUCGGUGCUAGUCAAGGGGGCAGUCCUAGCAGCUUUCGUAGGCGACCAAGCAAGGGCACGGCCACCGAUCAGAGCUUGUACUGCACUAUUCGAGCUGUCUGGAACGCGUACGAGAGCACGCGAGUUUACCGUGAGCUCCGCGUGCGUAGCGCUGUUGUGCAGCACGGCAACCUCCUCCUCCUCGACGGCGAGAGCGUCAUCUCCCGCACUGCUGGUGUCAGCAGCGUCAGCAAGGACGAAGGCCGCCUUGGCACCCUCGUCGUGACGAACAUUCGCGUCGUUUGGUUUGCUGCGGUGGAGCUCUUCAACGUGUCCGUGCCGUAUCUGCAGUUUGUCGGCCUACGCUCACAGAUGAGCAAGUUCGGGCAGGCACUGGUGAUCGAGACGUCUAGCUAUGCUGGCAACUUUGUGCUGGGCUUCCGCAUUGACCCGGAGGAGAAGCUGAACGAAAUGUACACGGAGAUCAGCACGCUGUGGCGCACCUGGACGACGCGGCCGCUGCUCGGCAUGAAGGUGGCGCUGCACGACAACAUGUCCACAGCGGUGGUGCCAGGUGCUUUGGAGUCGGAGGGAGAGGCCCCCGGCAGCGAUAGCAGGCACGGAGAGGACGCUCACCGCGGCGCCUGCUCCCCGCAGAGUAGGCGGCAGACGGAAGGGCAAUACGUUCUGCGAGAGGCGCCGAUGGAGGCGUUCGCGGCCUACUACGCGGAUGAUGGCCAGAAAGGAGCAGAUCGACGGCCCGUCUACGAGCCGUCGAUCGGUCUCGCCGUAGAGAAGCUGCGGAAGGGGGCCACCAUCCAAAGUCUCUGGGACACCUCCGUGCCCCCCUGA